UCUCCAACUCCCAUUCUUCUCUCUUCCACAUUGCUUUAUAUUGUCAUGAAUUUCAAAAUGCUGCUGCUGAAUUAAAGAAUGUUCUCUCUAUUUACUGUCCGAUACGUGAAUUGAGUAUCAAUCCAACGGGAUCAGAUGGCAGAUCUUUGUUGGAUCACUUUCUUGGUAGUUCUAUUUUGUCUUUUUGGAACAUUUGAUGCUAGUGCUGGAGAUGCUGACCCUUUGUACAGGGCUUGUUUUGAUCAAUGUAAAAAGACUGGAUGUGCUGGAGAAACAUGUUUCCCGCAUUGCGAAAUUCCUUUAGAUGCUUCUUCUUCUGAUGACAACUGGUACUUGAAAGAGCCUCUAUACCGGUGGUUGAAGCAAGCAAAUUGCCAAAGUGAUUGCCAGUAUCACUGCAUGCUUCAAAGAGAAAAAGACCGAGCAACACAUGGAUUUGGGCCUGUGAAAUAUCAUGGGAAAUGGCCAUUCAAACGAGUGUUUGGGCUUCAGGAGCCUGUGUCUGUUGCUUUCUCUGCGCUUAACCUUGCAAUGCAUUUCCAUGGAUGGCUGUCCUUUUUCAUGCUUAUUUACUACAAGUUACGAUCAAAAGGUGAUGAGAAGACCUGCUACAAUUACACUUGUUUGUGGCACAUUUACGCGUUCUUGUCUAUGAACUCAUGGCUAUGGAGUGCUGUCUUCCACAGCCGAGACAUGGAUUUUACAGAAAAGCUGGACUACGCAUCUGCUGUGGCAUUACUUGGAUUUUCACUGAUUAUAUCAAUACUAAGAAGUUUCAGUGUAAAGAAUGAGGCUGCGAGAGUUCUGGUUGCGGCUCCACUGCUUGCCUUUACAGUCACUCAUAUACUGUACCUGAACAACUAUCAAAUGGACUAUGGAUGGAAUAUGAAAGUUUGUGUUGUGAUAGCUGUUUCUCAACUUCUAAUUUGGGCACUCUGGGCUGGAAUUAGCGGUCAUCCUUCCCGAUGGAAGUUAUGGACGGUGGUUGUGGGAGGUGGCCUUGCUAUGCUCCUAGAGAUCUACGACUUCCCUCCGUAUCAAGGACUAGUAGAUGCACAUGCUCUUUGGCAUGCCACGACAAUCCCUUUGACCUAUAUCUGGUGGAGUUUUAUCAAGGAUGACGCAAAAUUUGGGACAUCAAACUUGAGUAAAAAAGUGAAGUAGUGUUUUCGACCGGGUUUAUUUCAACCUGCUUGAUCAGUUUUGCCAUCCACAGCUAUAUCAAGUACUCAAUAGUAACUCCUUUUAGUUUCUUCUUUUGCUAUGUUAUCUUCUGUUGCAACUUCUUUUACCACUCCCGAUGUUAUAGAUUCGAGCUACAUAGGGCCCAUUUAAGGGGAAAGCACCCUACCGGGAAUUUCUCCUUAGAGCUCGAAAAGAUCUCUGGUUAAGGGUAGAGAUUUUCGAUCUUGUUGCAACUUCUGAGUAGAAGAUUCUUGCUUGUGCAAGAAAAUCGACGUUUUCAGUUGAUAGAAUAGUAUUGAUAUUGCCAAUGAAUUCAAAAUUUGUUACAAAGAUGUCCAUUUACUUUGGAUUAGAUUGUUAUGUUUUAUUUGCAGAGAUGACAUUCAUUUCUUCACAUGAUUUGCAGCA